GGAGAAACACAUGACAAAGCGUUCUUUUGCCUAUUACUGUAUUUAUUCAUUUUUCAAUAACUGUUGAGUACCUUCCAGGUACUCUGUUAGCCCCUGGUAGGAGGAAAGGGGCAGAGGGGUGUGCCAAGACUCAAGAUUCAGUUUUUAUAUCUCAAGUUACUAUAUGAUUGUCAAAUGAAGUGUAAUAGCAAUACAUCUCUAGGAGUUCAGGACUGGGAAGGUCACUGUGGGCUGUAGUUGUGAGAAGGCUUUGUGGAUCCAGGGUGGAAGGCCCUGGUGAUUUUUUUCAGAGGAAGGAGGGUGGAAUCAGAGGGGUUCUGGAAGUCAGGUUAGCCUGGAGCUGAAGUUAUACGUGAGAGGCUGGAAGGGCCUGGUAAAAGUAGAGGCACUUCAUUCUGGGCAUGCAGCUGUUAUUCAAGAUCUUCGGCAUAGAGACAUUAGGACAGCUUUGUUUUAGGGCGAGUAAUGACCUGGUGUUGAUGUUCACAAUGGAUCAUAGCUGGCAGUGCCAAAGGCACAGCAACCACUAAACUUACUGAUGCUGCAGGUGGGAAUGAAAAGAGAGCUGAGUGAGGAGAUUAAGAAAACACUGGAAGUAUUUGUAGCGAUGGGGGUGAGGAGGUGCCCAAGAAAGCAGGUGCCCCUGGAAGAAUGAGAGCAUUUUUUAAAAGACCAAUCGCAGAGGGAAUCCUAAAUUCAGCUUCACUGAAGCCAAUGUUGGGAAGCCCUUAAACAGACCGAGGACCAGUCUGUGUUUAAACUGAUUAACACUUCCCAGUAUCUCCAGUAGCUUAAAAUAGAAUCACCUUCUUCACAGGCUCCCUGCUGCUACUUACUACCUAAAUACUACCGAUAAAGCACUACCACCCUUGAAACUGAGUCGAAUAGGCCCCAAAAUGCCUCCUGCUUCUGCCCCUGCGAUGACCUUGAACCUUCUCAGAUGACCCAGCUAGUCAUAACUCUAGCCAAGUGGGUUCCAAACUUUGCUGCAUAGUGGAAUCACCUGGGGAUUGAAAAAAGAAAGAAAAAAAGAAAAGAAAAACGCCCAAUGCUCACAUCUAAUGUGUAGCACAGUCUGGAAACCUUUGGUCUAGCCACAGCUCCUCCAGAGCCCUUAGAAAUCCAAAUCCUCCCGCCCUCUCUGUCCCCCGCCUGGAGGGUACACACUGUGGGUUCCGGGCCUGGGUGGGCCGGGUCCCCGCGCUCCGUUCCACUUCCAGCCCAGAUUGCCCAGCGGACGGCUCCGGUGCUCGGGGCGGGCUGGGAGGCGGUGCCUGGGGCUUCUCAGGCCCCAACUCAGCAGAACCGAAAGCGGCCGGUGCCGGGAGGCGGGGAGAGGAAGGAGGGGGCGGGCGCAGGGGAGAGGGGCGAGGUGCGAGCGCUGGCUAGGAAUGCCCGCGGCGCGGGGCCCCAGAGCCGCCCCGUGGCCACGUCCGGGCCAUGGCUCUCCGUCUGGUCGCCGACUUCGAUCUCCGGAAGGACGUGCUCCCGUGGCUGCGGGCGCAGCGGGCGGCGUCAGCGGGCGCUGGGGCCCGAGGUGGCUGCGCAGGUGUUUUUGAAAAUAAUUAUGAGAGCUUACGUAUACUAAAUGUUGAAAGAAAUGGAAAUAUAAUCUAUACUUAUAAGGAAAAUAAGGGAAAUGUCUUCUUUGGAUUAUAUGAUUGCCAAACCAGACAAAAUGAGCAUCUCUAUACAUUUGAGAAAGACUUUCAAGUUGUCAGUUGCUCUGUCAACAGUGAGAGAACUUUGCUUGCUGCAAGUUUAGUUCAAUCUACUAAAGAAGGAAGAAAGAAUGAGCUUCAACCAGGAUCGAAGUGCUUAACCCUGUUGGUGGAAAUUCACCCCCUUAACAAUGUGAAGGUCCUAAAAGCAGUAGACAGCUAUAUUUGGGUUCAGUUCCUCUACCCACAUGUUGACAGUCAUCGUCUUUCAGAGAACCAUCUGUUACUGAUUUCAGAAGAGAAAUACAUUGAACAAUUUCAUAUCCAAGUCAUCCAAGAAGAUGGAAAUAGAGUGGUGAUUAAAAAUUCUGGCCAUCUCCCAAGACAGAGAGUAGCAGAGGAUUUUGUUUGGGCUCAGUGGGAUAUGUCAGAGCAGAGAUUAUACUACAUUGACCUGAAGAAAUCGAGGAGUAUCUUAAAAUGUAUUCAGUUUUGUGCUGAUGAGAAUUUUAACUUAAUGUUUGAAGCACCUUUGGACAUAUCAUUAAGUGACUCAGGAUUUAAGCUUGUCAACUUUGGAUGUGAUGAUCUUCAAGACCAAGAGAAAUUAUCCAAAUACCUGACUCUGUGCAUUUUUACCAACCAUACAGGAAGUUUGUGUGUAUGUUACAGCCCGAAGUUUGACUCUUGGGAACAAAUCACGUAUUCAGUGUUUUACUUUCAUAAAGGGCACAGCAAGACCUUCACUGCUGCUCUCGGGAGUGCUGACUCACGUGUGACAAAGGGCAUUACUUUUCUCAACCUUGACUAUUAUGUGGCUGUUUACUUACCUGGUCAUUUCUUUCAUCUACUUAACAUUCAACACCCAGACCUGAUCUGCCACAGUCUGUUUUUGACAGGAAACAAUGAAGUGAUUGAUAUGCUACCUCAUAGUCCUUUGCAGUCACUGUCAGGGUCCCUGGUACUGGAUUGGUGUUCUGGAAAGCUCUAUAGAGCGUCCCUCAACCAGUCAUAUUUAUUAGAGUUCCUACGGAACACCCAGCUGGACUGUGAGAAGAUGGCUGUGCUACACUGCAUGCUGUCCUGUGGCCACGACCCACAGUUCCUGGAAGCCAAGAUUAUUCAAUGGGUUUCUGAGAACAUCUCUGCCUGCCAUUCAUUUGACCUCAUUAAGGAGUUUAUAAUUGCUUCUUCAUAUUGGCGCAUAUACCCAGAGACAAGUAACUUGGAUAAACUUUUGCCAUAUUCCUCCGUUCUCACUUGGAGUACAGAAAUUCCUGGAAUAACCCUUGUGACAGAGGAGAUUGCAUUGCCUCUAAUGAAGGUGCGUAGCUUUCAGGGAUACUGGGAAAAACUGAACUUACACCUGGAACAUGUCAAGUACACCGAGCCACACUUGCACUAUAACAACAGCGUGGUCAGGAGAGAGUGGCACAGCCUGAUCUCGGAAGAGAAAACAGGAAAAAGAAGGCCCAAGGUGUAUGUGAGGAAUAUUCUUGAUAAUGCCAUCAAGGUGAUUUCUAACCUAGAAGCAAGGAAUUUGGAGCCAAGAUUGACACCCCUGUUCCAGGAGGAAGACAACCACCAGAGGCUGCUUGUGGGGCUGAUGGUGUCUGAGCUAAAAGACCAUCUUUUGAGACACCUACAAGGCGUAGAAAAGAAGAAAAUUGAAAAGAUAGUCCUGGAUUACGUUUCAAAACUGCUGGAUCUCACUUGCCAAAUACUGGAAACCAGUUGGAGGAAACAGAAUCUUCAUCCCUGGGUUCUCCACUUCGAUAGGCAGGCUAGUGCUGCUGAAUUUGCAGUCUUCCACAUCAUGACCAGGAUUUUGGAAGCUACUAACAGUUUGUUUUUACCUCUGCCUCCUGGUUUCCACACUCUGCACACGGUCCUUGGCAUCCACUGUCUCCCUCUGCAUAACCUGCUGCAUUACAUCGAUAACGGGGUGCUGCUUCUCACAGAAACAGCUGUCACAAGGCUCAUGGAAGAUCUGGACAACACAGAGAAAAAUGAAAAACUAAAAUUCAGCAUUAUUGUGCGGCUUCCUCCGCUUAUUGGUCAGAAGAUCUGUCGACUUUGGGAUCACCCUAUGAGUUCUAAUAUUAUUUCCCGGAACCAUGUGAAGCGACUGCUUCAGAACUAUAAGAAACAGCCUCGGAGUUCUAUGAUUGACAAGUCAUCAUUUAGUAUAGAAUUUCUGCCUCUCAACUACUUCAUUGAAACACUGACAGAUAUAGAAUCCUCCAGUCAAGCUCUGUAUGCUUUGGAAGGACACGACAACGUGGAUGCCACAUUUGUGGAGGAAGCAGCUCUGAAACAUACCACAAUGCUUCUAGGCUUAUAAAAAAGAAAGUACAGUUUAUCAGCUUCCAAUGUUUAAUCUUGUUCAUCAGCUCUACUUCCAUUGAGAAUUCUUUAGCAAUAUUUAAAGUUGGGGACCAAAACGAGACUAUGUGGCGGUGCCAUGUGAAUUCAGUUUGGUACUUAUUCAGACAGAACCAAACUGCAGUGUCUCAUCUCAGUUUUGAACAGCAGAGGAGCCGUUGAGUGUGGAGAAAUGACAGAUGGUCCAGGGGCAGGAGGGCCAUAGUGAUGCUCUCCCUAGUGGCUCAUCUUCCUGGUGGCUUCACAGGCCAAGAGCUAGUUUCUGUUGCACUCUAACAUAAAAUACGGUUUAAAAAUGUUGGGAACAGUGUUUAGGAAACCGGAAACUGGAUUUGUCAUUGAAUAUAACAUAUGACAAGCAGAAAGAUUAAGUGCUGCACAAAAACUGUCUCUGCAAAGAGGAUACUUUUUAAAAAACUGAAUUUGGACAAAGUCAAAUCUGCUAUUUCUAGUGUAGAAUAAUUUGCAACAUACAGCAGUUUGUAUAGACAGUAUUUAGAGUAGGAUUUGUCUUUGUGAUGGUUCAGAUGGAACUGUAUUUGAUAUUGUUAAGCUUUUUAUAUUUAUAAAAGUUUGAUUUAGAUGUAUCUGAUUAAAAAAAAAAUUGAAAGUUUUGGCCUAACACUUUUGUUCUUUGAACAUAGAGCCUUUUUAUUCCAGCCAGAAAUCAUGAGUCCAUGAACACAUUCCCCCAGAGGACCUCAUGGCAUCUAACUAAUUCUCCCACUUUAUUUUCCCCUCUCUCCUCCAGUGACUUCAUUCUGACCCAUAGAUACAGUUGCUGCCUGGGGUCAGCCCAUAACCGUUUGCUUUUCUCUCUUCACACUGUUUCCCUCAGUAAACUUGUGAAAUUUUAAUCAUUAUCAAUAUCACUAGCUGGUAUACUAAUUCAACUUAUUUUCUAAAGUCAUGAUUGUGUUCUAAAAAUGGUCCUCUCCUAUAUAAAUCCUGUUUUGGGCCAAAUCCUCAUGGUCACUGAGGCUCAAAAUCUUGGAGCCCUAUCAGCAAGGCAGUGCUGAUAUUUUUCUCAUGAUAAAGUCAUUAUUUUUCAUGCCUUGCCCUUUUCUUUUCAC